CUCCUCGUUCUGCAAAACAAAUACUCAUUGGCCCUCCUUGUUCUGCAAAACAAAUACUCAUUGGCCCUCCUGGUUCUGCAAAACAAAUACUCAUUGGCCCUCCUCGUUCUGCAAAACAAAAACUCAUUGGCCGUCCUUGUUCUGCAAAACAAAAACUCAUUGGCCCUCCUUGUUCUGCAAAACAAAAACUCAUUGGCCCUCCUUGUUCUGCAAAACAAAUACUCAUUGGCCCUCCUUGUUCUGCAAAACAAAUACUCAUUGGCCCUCCUUGUUCUGCAAAACAAAUACUCAUUGGCCCUCCUUGUUCUGCAAAACAAAUACUCAUUGGCCCUCCUUGUUCUGCAAAACAAAAACUCAUUGGCCCUCCUUGUUCUGCAAAACAAAAACUCAUUGGCCCUCCUUGUUCUGCAAAACAAAUACUCAUUGGCCCUCCUUGUUCUGCAAAACAAAAACUCAUUGGCCCUCCUUGUUCUGCAAAACAAAAACUCAUUGGCCCUCCUUGUUCUGCAAAACAAAUACUCAUUGGCCCUUAUCGUUUUGCAAAACAAAUACUCAUUGGCCCUUAUCGAUCUGAUGAUGUAG